AUGCAUCUUCGUCCUGACCAUGCAGUCCGAGACCUCCCAACUCUACACGCAUUCAUCAAGCAACAUCCACUAGGCGUCCUUACCACCUCCCUCCCCUCAAAGGACCACCAAACUCUCCAAUGCAGCCACAUCCCCUGGGUUCUGGAUAGUGAAACAGCCUUGGACACCGAGCUAGCAGACCAAGCAAAAGAAGCCGACAAUGAAUCCUCCGCCGCCCCAUCCUAUCCCCAGAUGGGGGUCCUCCGUGGCCACAUCGCGCGCCAAAACCCGCAAAGCAAAGCCAUGGUAGAAUCUGCGGAAAGCACGAAACCCGUUAGGAUCCCAGGCGCCUUUCCCACACCAACCUCCGAAGAACCCCCACCGGCAGGCUAUACGCUCCCCGACGAAGUCUUAAUCGUCUUCACCAGCCCUGUAGACCAUUACAUCACCCCGAACUUCUACACCGAGUCGAAACGCGCCACGGGCAGGGUAGCGCCGACGUGGAACUAUGCUGCCGUACAGGUUUACGGUCGGGCCACUAUCUACCACACUAGGACCGAGCAGACGGAGCAGUUCCUGCGCCAGCAGCUGGGGGAUCUGGCCCGACUGGGCGAGGAGGGAAUAAUGAGGUUUCAAGAUGAGUCCGGCUCGGUCGAUGUCAAACACGGGAAAGCUGGAAGUGGGGAUGGGGAGGGUUCUCGAAACGAGAGUCUAGACUGGGAGCUAGGUCAGGGGGCGGUGACGGGGAAUGGGAACGGCACGGCAUCGCCGGUGCCGGUGCCGGUGUCGGGCCCGGUCCCUUGGAAAAUCGCUGAUGCGCCACGGGAUUACAUUGCUGGGCUUUUGAGGAAUAUUGUCGGGAUUAAGAUUGAGAUUACGCGUGUCGAGGGCCGGUUUAAGGUUAGUCAGGAGAGGCCGGUUAAUGACCGGCGUGGUGUGGUUGAGGGGUUGGAGAGGAUGGGUGGUACGGCGAGGGAGAUGGCGGAGUUUGUUAGACAGGGGAAGGUUUUGGCGUAG